AUGGCUUCUCCACUCGCGACGCCCUACGCCGCUCUCAACUUGCUUGAAACGGGCGGCAAACUCGGGACGCCCGCGUACCCGCCGCACCACUCGAAUCCCUGCGUCUACAGCUGGCACAACCUCAGCUACUCGGUCGCGACUCGGAAAUCGCCCGACGCCCCUGAUGGCCGGAAACGCAUCUUGAAAAACGUGAGUGGCCGCUGCGCCCCGGGCGAACUCACGGCCAUCAUGGGGCCGUCCGGGUCCGGCAAAACGACACUCGUAGACCUUCUGGCUGACCGCAUUAGCUCGGGCGAAGUCACGGGCGACCUGGAGCUCAAUGGCGAGCUCCGCGUGUCCAAGACGUUCCGGGCCGUCACGAGUUACGUAGCCCAAGAGGAUUCGCUCCUCGGGUCUUUCACGGUGCUCGAGACCAUGCGCAUGGCUGCCAGACUCAGUCUCCCUACAACUGUCAAGUCCAAGCAGAUCGACAGUCGCGUCGACGACGUCCUGGAGGGCAUGGGCCUUGGCACCUGUCGUGACACCCUCGUGGGCGACAUGUUCCGCAAGGGCCUUUCAGGCGGCCAAAAGCGGCGCCUCAGUAUCGCCAUGGAGCUGCUGUCGAACCCGAGCAUCUUGAUCCUCGACGAACCCACGAGCGGCCUCGACUCGAGCGCGACGCACAACGUGAUGAAGCUCAUUCUCCAGCUCUGCAGUGAGGGCAAGACAGUGUUAUGUACGAUCCACCAGCCGUCGUCGCUGGUCUACGACAUGUUUACGAACGUCGUCGUGCUGUCGGCGGGGGAGACCGUGUACUGCGGGCCGCGGCCGCAGAUGAUCCCCCACUUUGCAGCUGCCGGGUACGACUGUCCGCAGUACAUGAACCCAGCCGAGUACUUUAUCAGUCUCGUGAAUACGGACUUUGAAGACCACGCAGACGUGCCUUCGCUCGUGGAAUCGUACGCUCGGAGCGGGAUCCGCAAGGAACUGAGUCUACGGAUCGAGAGCGACCGCAAGAUGUUGCAGCACUUGCCGGACGUGGAGAAACUAGCGCCCUCAGCGCUGCGGCAGUUCAGUGUGCUCAUGUACCGCAACACGUUGAACAACAUCCGGAACCCGGGCAUCUACUGGAUCCGGUUGUUCAUGUACUUCUGUCUGAGCUUUAUGGUCGGCACCAUGUACCUGAGCACGAACGAGCAUCUAAGUGAAGAGGAUCUGGUCCCACUACUGUUCUACGUACAGGCGUUCCUGGUGUUUAUGUCAGUGGCCGUACUCCCGUUCUUCAUUGAGCAGCGUGUUGUAUUUGCUCGUGAACGUGCCAACAAUUCUCUGAGUGUGGUGAGCUACGUGUGUGCAAACUUCUUAGCGACACUCCCAGGUAUUUUCUUGAUUGCAGUCAUAUCGACGGCAUUGGUCGUGCUGCUCGCCGAUUUGAACGCGAUCGAAUACUUCUUGUUGAAUCUAUUUCUGUCCUUGGUGGUGUCCGAGUCAAUGAUGCACGUGAUUGGAGCUGCCGUGCCGCAUUACAUCAUCGGUAUUGCCCUGGGAGCCGGUGUGUUUGGGAUGUUCAUGCUGUGCGAGGGCUUCAUGGUGCCUCGCGAGUCGAUCCCGGGCUACUGGAUCUGGGGAUACUACGUGGCGUUCCACUCGUACUCGUUCGAGUCGUUCGUGUUCAAGCAAUUUGAGCACGAGACGUCGGAUGAAGCAAAGGCGAUUUUGACGAAGUACGGCAUGGAGAACGUGGAUGUUACGAGGGACAUGUUGAUUUUGGUCGCGUAUAUUGUGGGAUUUCAGUCGAUUUUCGCCUUCAUCCUGUGGAAAUUCCACACUGGUCGUCGUUGA